GGGAGCGAGAGGGACAGGGAAGCUCUGGCCAGUCCCAGCAGCGGGGGACAGAUGCCGAUCGAGAUUGUGUGCAAAAUCAAAUUUGCUGAGGAGGAUGCGAAACCCAAGGAGAAAGAGGCAGGGGAUGAGCAGAGCCUCCUGGGGGCUGCUCGGGGGGCAGCAGCCCCCCGGGACCUGGCCACCUUUGCCAGCACCAGCACCCUGCACGGGCUGGGCCGGGCCUGUGGUCCAGGCCCCCACGGACUACGCAGAGCCCUGUGGGCACUGGCCCUACUCACCUCGCUGGCUGCCUUCCUGUACCAGGCGGCCGGCCUGGCCCGGGGCUACCUGACCCGGCCUCACCUGGUGGCAGUGGAGCCUGCUGCCCCAGCCCCGGUGGCGGGCUUCCCGGCUGUCACCCUCUGCAACAUCAACCGCUUCCGGCAUUCGGCACUCAGCGAUGCCGACAUCUUUCACCUGGCCAACCUGACAGGGCUGCCCCCCAAAGACCGGGAUGGGCACCGCGCUGCCGGGCUGCGCUAUCCGGAGCCGGACAUGGUAGACAUCCUCAACCGCACUGGCCACCAGCUUGCCGACAUGCUCAAGAGCUGCAACUUCAGCGGGCACCGCUGCUCCGCCAGCAACUUCUCCGUGGUCUACACUCGAUACGGAAAGUGUUACACCUUCAACGCGGAUCCACAGAGCUCGCUGCCCAGCCGGGCAGGGGGCAUGGGCAGUGGCCUGGAGAUCAUGCUGGACAUUCAGCAGGAAGAGUACCUGCCCAUCUGGCGGGAGACAAAUGAGACGUCGUUCGAGGCGGGCAUCCGGGUGCAGAUCCACAGCCAGGAGGAGCCACCCUACAUCCACCAGCUGGGCUUCGGCGUGUCCCCAGGCUUCCAGACCUUCGUGUCCUGCCAGGAACAGCGGCUGACCUAUCUGCCCCAGCCCUGGGGCAACUGCCGGGCCGAGAGUGACCUCAGGGACCCUGAGCUUCAGGGCUACACAGCCUACAGCGUGUCCGCCUGCCGCCUGCGCUGUGAAAAGGAGGCCGUUCUUCAGCGCUGUCACUGCAGGAUGGUGCACAUGCCAGACUCGCUGGGAGGGGGCUCCGAGGGCCCGUGUUUCUGCCCCACUCCCUGCAACCUGACCCGCUACGGGAAGGAGAUCUCCAUGGUCAGGAUCCCCAACAGGGGCUCAGCCCGCUACCUGGCGAGGAAGUACAACCGCAACGAGACGUACAUACGGGAGAACUUCCUGGUCCUGGAUGUCUUUUUCGAGGCCCUCACCUCUGAAGCCGUGGAGCAGCGAGCAGCCUAUGGGCUGUCAGCCCUGCUGGGAGACCUUGGGGGCCAGAUGGGCCUGUUCAUUGGGGCCAGCAUCCUCACGUUGCUGGAGAUCCUUGACUACAUCUACGAGGUGUCCUGGGACCGGCUGAAGCGGGUAUGGCGGCGGCCCAAGACCCCUCUGCGGACCUCCACUGGGGGCAUCUCCACCUUGGGGCUGCAGGAGCUGAAAGAGCAGAGCCCCUGCCCUGGCCGAGGCCGUGCUGAGGGCGGGGGCACCAGCAGCCUGCUCCCCAACCACCACCACCCCCCGCACGGGCCCCCAGGCGGCCUCUUUGAAGACUUCGCCUGCUAGGAUGGCGUGGAAAGGACCCAGGAGUCUGGAACCUCUCCCCCAGUGCCAGCCCUGUCUCCUCCUGCUCCUGGGAGCCAAGGCCUGGGCCGGCCAGGGCCUGCCGGGAGGGGUGGUGCUCACGGAGAGGACCAGGACUCAGAACUCUGGCGUCAGCUGCUUUGCACAAGGGUCCCUCUUGGCCACAACCCCACAACCCCUACCCCCAGGCUGCAGCGAGACCCUGGGGGAAGGGAGGGAACAAGGGAGGUGGAGCCUGCCCAGCAGGGGUGGAGCCCUCUGUACACCUGUAUAUAUUUAGGGAGGUCAGGGUGGGGGUGGGGUACCCAUGUAGAAGGUGGGUGGGGCUAUAGGGGUGGGCAAUUCCCAGACAGCCAGGGUCCUGGUCCAGGCAUUAGCAGAGGGCAGGCCCCCAGGACUCAGGAGUGCUGGGCUGGUUCUACCUGGGGCCCUGCUCCUCUCGCCAUGGGGAGUGGGUGGCCCAGCAGGCCUGGCCCAGCUCCCAGCUCCCCCUGCACCAACUCCACCCUCCACGGGGAGGGGGCAGGAGACCCUGCAGACCUUGGCUAAGCUUGCCAGGUAGGGAGGGAGCCUUCUCAGCCCUUUCUCCCUCCAGGCUAGUUUCAUAAAGUGCUGACGAAAUUGGGAAUAAAGAGGCAUAAAGAA